AUGCAGAUAUCGCUCUUGUCACUAUGGAGCUGUCUCCUCUCGAUUGUCUCUUCACAGUCGACCUUCACUCCUGCUCGCCCGCCAUCCUUGCCACUUGCUGUAAAAAGCCCAUACCUGAGCGCAUGGGUCCCAGCUGGUAGCAGUGGAGGGAAUGGAGGAUACCUUCCUGGGCAAUGGCCGCAAUUCUACACGGGACAGAUACUCGGCUGGACAGGAUUGAUUCGUGUCGACAACGAGACCUCAACGUGGAUGGGUGCUCCAAAGAACAUCCCUGCAGCAAAUCAAACAUCCUAUGAGUACACCUCCACCAAGAGCAUCUUUACCAUUGAGGCAAACCAGAAGGUGUCGCUGAAGGUGACUUUUCUCUCGCCUCUCUUCCCAAAAGAUCUCAAGCGUCAAUCCUUGAUAUUUUCCUACAUGAACAUCGAAGUCUUGUCUCUAGAUGGUUCAGAACACGAUGUGCAGAUCUACACUGACAUAAGUGCUGAGUGGGUUUCUGGAGAUGUCGCGGUGACCGCACAAUGGGAUUUCGGCCUCACGGACGAUGUUGUAUAUCACAGACUAUCGAGGCAAGAUCCGCAGGUACUCUCAGAGAUCAACGAUAGAGCAGAAUGGGGCAGUUUUUACUACGUCACAGACGCCAAGAACGGUGUCUCGUACCAAUCUGGUGCCGAUGGUAAUGUUCGUGGUGCUUUCGUGACCGGUGGAAAGCUGGCGAACUUGAACGAUACCAACUUCCGCGCUAUCAACAGCACUUGGCCGGUGUUUGGGUAUGGAGUCGACCUCGGAUCCAUUGGGGCUUCACCCGUGUCGACAUUGUUCUCUUUGGGAUUAUGUCAAGAUGAGUCGAUUCAGUUUCUUGGUGCAGAAGGUGUGACUGUUCUUCCGUCGCUGUGGAAGAGCUACUUUGCGGAUGAUUUGGCGGCUCUGUCUUUCUUCCACAAUGACUACACGGAAUCGAGCGAGCUUUCGUCGGAACUGGAUGAUCAGAUCUCAGAAGACUCCAUCGCCGCUGCCGGACAGGAUUACGCUACGUUGACGACGCUGGCUGCACGCCAGGCCUUUGCAGCCACUCAACUUGUUGGUACUGAAGACAGACCCUAUCUUUUCUUGAAAGAGAUAUCGUCCAACGGCAAUACUCAGACCAUCGAUGUGAUCUACCCGGCCUCACCAAUAUUUUUGUACGCAAACCCAGAUCUGAUCAAACUACUGCUGGACCCACAUUUUGAGAACCAAGAGAAUGGUCAUUAUCCCAACAAGUGGGCUAUGCACGACCUUGGGACGCAUUACCCAAAUGCGACUGGCCACCCAGCCGGUGACGACGAACGAAUGCCACUAGAGGAGUGCGGCAACAACAUCAUCAUGGUCUUGGCGUAUGUUCAGCGCUCUGGUAACACAGACUACAUCAAGCAACACUACACUAUAUUGAAGCAGUGGGCUGAGUACCUCGUCGAAGACAGUCUCUACCCAGCCCAGCAGCUCUCGACCGACGACUUUGCCGGACAUUUGUCGAACCAGACGAACCUCGCGCUCAAAGGCAUCAUCAGCAUCGAAGCCAUGUCACAAAUCGCCAAGCUCAUCGGCGAAGACACCGACGCCCAAAACUACACGACGAUCGCCCACGACUACAUCGACAAAUGGCAGACCCUCGGCAUCAACACAGCAGCCGACCCUCCCCACGCCGUGCUCAACUACGGCAACACCUCAACCUGGGGCCUGCUGUACAACCUCUACAACGACAAGCUGCUCAACACCAACCUCGUCCCGCAGGAUGUGUACGACAUGCAGUCCGCAUUCUAUCCCACCGUCAAAGAAACCUACGGCGUGCCACUCGACACGCGGAACAGGUACCUGACCAAGUCCGACUGGGAGGUAUUCUGCGCCGCCAUCGCGAGCGAAGCAACGCGGGAUCUGCUUAUUGGCGAUUUGGCGAGGUGGAUCAACGAGACGCCGACGAGCAGACCCUUCACCGAUCUGUAUCAGACGAGCGACGGUGCGUUUCCGCCCGGGUUGGAGUUCAAGGCUAGGCCGGUGGUGGGCGGGUUGUUUGCGCUGCUGCUGUUGGCGCAGGACGGCGCGACGGCGUCUUCGAACUGA